GAGAGUGCGCGCGCACAAAGCGCAUUCGUGUGGAACGCGCCCAAAGCGGACGCCCAAACCAUCGGUGGCGGUGGUCGGUGAGGAAGUUUAGUGAACCCAUUCGGAUCGUUGACAUCGACUGAGUUUCACAAAGGACUAUUAUUUUGGGAAACAGAGUCACUGCCGUUCAGCACCGCCCUUUAGCCAACCCAUUCCCUCCAACGUUCGGGGCUGCAGCUGGAGAGAGCCGGUGAGACCGCCUGUCCACAGCGCCUGCGCAACAAUGGUGCUGCCCUCAACCGACCCGCCUCACUGUGAUUGGUGAAAAGGAUGAUGGAUGCGCAAACUUUUGCGGGAAAGGACAGUUAAUUGGCUGAGAGGGACGUCAAUCAGAGAUCCUCACCUCCGCACAUUCAUUUCCGCUCGGGGGGUUGAAGAUCCAGUCGGGAGAUGAAGGAUUGCACUGUACUAUACCAGAGAAUACAGAGAGGAUAGAUACCACAGAGAUCCUGACCAUCAUCCAAGGAACAACUACACAAAAGUGGGAAGACAUCCAGUCCCUUUAAAUUGCUUGACACAAAGAAGGUUGGGCGGUGAAACCAUCAUCUGGAAAUUGUUUGUUUGGGUCAGGGGAGGUUUUGACAUAUCAUCUGAAAUUGAUCAGAGUGUGGAACCUUCCAUCAGAACCAGCCCAUCUGAAGAUUUGGCUGUGGAUGUUCGGUCAGAGUGGAGGCUGAAGAAGUGUGAGUGGAUCCAAGUGUGGUAAGAGCUUCAUCCAUUCAUCAAGCCUCAUGAGCCACUGACUCAGUUCUAUUCAAAUGUGAGGCGUUCGUGGAAGGCUCAAGAGUCCUGACACCACCUCUCACGCAAGGUGCUUCAGUUGUGAACACACAGAUAGGCACAUGGAAGAGAAACCAUUCAAGUGUGAGGUUUGUACUGAAGCUAUUGUGAUGUCUCCGAGGCAGAUGAUGCAUGCCUGGGAGAAGCCCUUCAGCUGUGAUGUUUCUGAAAUGCCUUUCACUCAAUCCUCCCACCUCUUGUCCUACCCGAAGAUUCACACAGGGGAGAAAUCAGUGACAUGUGAGACAUACAAUAGCUCAUUCUCACAGUUAUCAACCUUCCUCAACCAGGGAGACACAGACACCAGGGAGAAACCAUUCACGUGCGAGGUAUGCCACAAAUCGUUUGCACAGUCAUCAACCCUCCGUGUGCACCAUCGCAUUCACACAGGGGAGAAGCCAUUCACGUGUAACGUGUGCAACAAAUCUUUCUCACAGUCAUCAAAUCUCCGUGCGCACCAACGCAUUCAUACUGGGAAGAAGCCAUAUACAUGCGAUGUGUGCGACACAUCAUUCUCGUACCCAUCAAAUCUUCGCAAGCACCAAUACCGUCACACUGGUCAGAAACCGUUCAAGUGUGAGGUGUGUGAUCAGGCAUUCACACUCUCAGCGACGCUCAUGACUCACCAACGCAUCCACACCGGUGACAAGCCAUUCAAAUGCGAGGUGUGCAACAAGUCUUUCUCUCAGUCUUGGCCACUGCUUGUGCACCAGCGUAUUCACACUGGAGAGAAACCAUUCACAUGUGAGGUGUGUGAUAAAUCAUUCACACGAUCAUCGACCCUCCUGCAGCACCGACGCAUACACACUGGGGAGAAACCUUUCAUCUGUGAGGUAUGCGAUAAAUCAUUCUUGCGCUCAUCAACCCUCCUCGAGCACCAGCGCAUUCACACUGGGGAGAACCCCUUCACCUGUGAGGUGUGUGAGAAGUCAUUCUCACGGUCUUGGACCCUGCUUCUGCACCAACGCAUCCACACAGGGGAGAAGCCAUUCACAUGCGAGGUGUGUGACAAAUCAUUCUCAGAUUCUUCAAAUUUGCGGAAACACCAGCGCAUUCAUGCAGGGGAGAAACAGUUAACAUACGGGGUGUGCAACAAAUCAUUGUCUGAGUCGUCAUACUUACUGCUCCCACAGGAUGCCCAGACAGGAGAGUAACCCUUCAAACGAGAGGUUUCUGUUGAGACUUUUGUGACGUUUGCAACAGGACUUUCAGCCACAUCUCUGACCUCCUAAAACCAGGGGGAUCCAUCCGGUGAGAAACCAUUCAGGCGAGAGCCAUGUGACAUAACUUUCACGCUGUCAGUGUAAGUCCUGGCCCCUUCCACAUGAGAAACCUGUUCAGUGUGAAUUCAGUAAUAAGGCUUUUAGUCGGUUCUCGGCUAUUGUGGAACACCAGGUGAACUCAUUCAGGGGGUACACUCCUGUUCCUGUGUGAAGUCAACCACAAUGGUUUACUUGCUACUGGUCUCACCGCAUACCAAUGUCUCCAUACAGACUUGGAGCUGAGUCACCUGCUUCUGUUGCACUGAGAGCUGUCUGUGCUGUUUACCCUCCAGUGCUCUUACGGGGCAGUUGUCAUUCCAAAGCACCAUCUGCCUCAACAAUGUGUGUCUCAAAACUUUCCCACCAUCAGUCCAAUCACUUCAAGAAGGUCAAUUUAACCUUUGACUGAAUCACCAAAAGAAGAUACCUCUAUGUAUAGAGGCUCCUGUAUAAACGCAACAUCUUUUCGGUGCCGUGCCAGGUACAUGUCAUUCACUGACUCUCAAUCUGACCAAGAAGACAAUCCAAUACUCAGUGGUUAGAAAGGCUUCAGCUUCUGAUUGACCAGCAUGAACUCUGGGACAAGAGCCAUUCCUCGAGUGGUAUUGGUGGUACUUCCAAUUAGCCUCAAUGUCUCUGGUCUGUGCAGGGAGACAGUCAGCCAGGAAUCCUGUUCCUCAUCACUGAGCCCAUCUGGGAGGUUAGGGGAAGGCAGGAUGUAUCUUGGCUGUGAAAGUCUCCAUUGUCUCACAUGCUGACUGGCCGCUCAAACAGAGAGCACUAGUGGCCAGUCAACAUCCAGUCUGUCCCCCGGGUUAAUACCUUGUGUAUUGGAGGGAAUGGGGAAAAAGGACAUCAAUUUCCCCCACCCCCUACAAAAACAACAACUUUCAUUUAUACGGCACCAAUACCGUAAUACAUCCUGAGGUAUUUUACAUCACUACAAUCGUAUAGAAAUUGACACUGAAACGAGAAAGAUAUGAUAAGGAAUAGCGCUGCAUCUCCGAGGAGGAUUUCCUCAACCACAAGAUGUGGGUAAUUCAGAAGAAUGUGUCAGUAUUUCCCAAGUUAUGGUCAAGCUGGAAACAUCUUAGUAGUUUGCACAGCAUGAUUUAUCUCUUGAAUAUAGUUACACUUUUGACAUUCCUGAAGCAAAGGGAAACUCGUUUGCUUCGGAAAUCCGUGGAAUGAGGGAAUGGACUCUUCAUGUGAGCAAAUGUCUGCCAGCUUUGAGCUCAGCCAGAAUACCAUUGUGACUGUAGGCUUUUUUAUUUCAUCUGAUUGCUGGGAUUGGGAUAGGUUGGAAGGUAUCAGCUCCCCUUCACAGCUUCGGAGUUGUUUAUAUAUUGACCUUAGUGACAGAGAGCCACCAUGACAAAAACUUGUAUAUAAUACUUUUGAGUCUCAAUGGCUUAGUGAUGACGUACGGCAGUAGCUUAGUUUUUUAAAAAAAUGAAGCAAUUCCUGCUCUCUAGAUCCUUUUGAAAAUUAUACCCCCGUUCCCAAAAAUCUGUGGGUCACGAAUCCGCACGGUCAGACCCAUAAAGAUCAGUUGCUGUAACUCUCAACCCUGAAUAGAUGUCCUCUAUGAUUAAGGAUAGGUGAGGAGGAGUUAGGGGCUGUGGUGAUGGUGGUUAAGUGAGAAGAGAGAAAAAGAGUUUUGAGGUGGAAAUUCAUGAGCAUAGGAUCCAGCCAUCUUGGUGACGUGAAGGAAGUGGGCCACAUCUACUGAUGAACUGAACUGUGUAGAUCGGAGGAUGACACAGAUAAGGAAGGAGUGAGGCCGUAGAGCAAUUUGUGUUUGAACAUGAGAAUUUUUAAUUUGAGGCACUAGGGACAUAGAAACUAAUGUAGUUCAGUGAGCACAGCAGUGAUGGACGUGAAAGUUAGGAUAGAGAGUGCACAGUUUUAGCUGAGAGAAAGUUUAUGGAAGGUAUAAGAUGGGAAGCUGGACGGGAACCUGGACAGGAACACAUUAGUCCUGUCUAGAAGCACCUGCAACAUGGAUGAGGAUUACAACAGGAGAUGGACUAAAGUUGAAGGGAGGGUGUUGAAAAUGGAGUUUGAGUUUAAACAUGUUGCCCAUGACUUUUUAGUCAUUGAAUAUCUAUUUCUUCACUAGAGACUUUAACCACUCAAUCAGGAGGAGAUACUGUGGUGAUGUAACUUAAGAAAUGUUUGUCAACUACCAGAAGUAAUACUUAACAAGUCUAGGUAGGAAAUCUAUUGCCUCAUCGAGGUCUCUUUCUAUAUUCAACCUAGAGUGCCGGCAACCCUAGCCUUACUUCCCUUGGUCCCUGCUGUUGUCUUCUGUUUCUGUCUUGGACGAUGGUCUCUGGUCUUCAGUUUCAAGUUUUAUGUGUGCUUUGACCCCUGAAAGAUGGUGCUUUGUUAACACAGGCACAUGCAGUGAUAUUACUAAACUUCAGUGUAAGUGAAAACAAAGGGUCAGUUGCACAAUGAAGGAAACUGUUGCCAUAAAGCUUCCAAGUCUUUCAAUCAGCAACCUCAAAUUCAUCACGUCCCUUGGCUUCUUGCUCUAACACCAGCAUUGUGCAACUCCCGCCACUGUUUCCACUCCAACCCUGCAGACUGAUGCAGCUGAGUAAGACAUAUUGUACACAGUUCUGCCUAAACUCAACCAGAAUUGUCCUUGACAAUUUCAACAUCACAAUUCCCAUCACAGCCUGGCAUGGAAAGAAGUCUUGGAAGCCGGGAGUUGGAAACUGCAAUGAAAACAGGUUCUAAUCUGGGAAUUCUAUGCAGAAAAGCAGCUGUCCAUAAUUAAGACCUUAUUUCCAGAAAAAAAGCAUUAUUUCACGCAUACAUGGAGGUGCAGUCAUUCUAAACAGUAAAACCUGAUAGACUAGUCUUUGCUGCCCCAGUUUGACCUCAAGGAUGUCGUACAUUCCCAAUGCUAACUAGCAUGUAAACCAGCUGAAAUUCCAUUUCAUGUUUAAGCUCACAAACAUUAAAGGCAACCCUUCAAAGGAACUUUAGAUCAGAAUCUUGCAAAUCUCAUUGUGCAGAGAUAGCUAUUAAACUGCAGCACUGGCUACUACAGAAGAGGUCAGACCAAAGUACAAAAGAAACAGGGACUAGUUUAAAGAAAGUGACCAGGAAAUCCAAGAUCUGCUACCAAUAAAAAGGUGAGCCCAUUGGGGAAAAACUUAGCUUGCCAUCAAGCAUACACUAUCCUUCAUUGCAAACUGAGAAUUGGGAAUGACAGAUGGAUCAUGCUUUGUAGGGAACAAGCACUGAUAUUGGUGACGUAAAUUUCACUGAAGCACUAAAAUCUAUCUGCAGAGCAAUAUGUCAAACCCAAAAGUACCAGGCAGAAUACUGUCACUCAGACACAAACACACUGAGGAGGAGUUACUCUUGAAUCACCAGUCUGAGCGCUAUGAAAUAUUCCUUGGUGCCACGUGCACAUCAGCCUCCUCCAACAGCAGACUCCUAGAAGAACUAGCUGAGAGCACAGAUCUGGGAGAAACUGACACCAUCAACCAGAUGAUGAGAAGCAAAGCCCUCUGAUUCUGAGGCAGUUUGUUGGCUCAGUGGUUAGCACUGGUACUUCAAUGCCAGGAGCCCAGGAUCAAUUCCACCCUCUGAUGACUGCCUGUGUGGGCUUUGCAUGUUGUCCCCACAUCUGUGGGGAUUUCCUACCACAGCCCAAAAAUGUGCCAGUUAGCUGGAUUGGCCGUAGGGGUAGAGGGGUGGGUCUGAGUGGAAUGCAGUUCAGAGGACCAGUGUGAACUCAAUAGGCCAAAUGACUUGCUUCCACACUGUAGGUCUUCUGUGAUUCUCUGAACUCCACCUGAGAGUUUGAAGCAUGAUGACCCUACAUGACGCUCAAUGAAUUAGUAAAGGUGUUCCAGGACGCAUCAGGACUUUGUGAUAUUGUCAUCACCUUGUACAAACACAAAGAGAAAAAUGUUAUUAUUCCGACUACUGUGGAGUCAUUCUCCUUCCUAUUUCUGGAAAGGUUCUGGGUAACGAAUCUGUGAAUUCACUUAUGCCUUCCAUUGCUGAAGGAAAUCUUCCAGAGAUGUUGUACAGUUUCAGGACAAAGGGAAGCAUCACAGACACAAUAUUGUCUCUAAGUCAGUUUCAUAGACCUUGCAAAGUCAUUUCAUAUUGUGAGUAGAGAUGGACUCUGGAAAAUUCUUGACAAACCCCUGAUGCCCACUUGGUUACGGUGAAGCAGUCCAUAAGUCCAUACAGGCUAGUCAAGCACGGCAGUAACCUCUUACAGAUCUCCAUGUGGUGUUGAGCAGGAAUGUGAGCUGGUCCUGACCUUAUGCACCAUCUUUUUCAGUGUGAUGCUGCCACAAGCACAACACACCUCCAGGAGGAGUUUUCAUGUGCCUCUGGAUGAAUGAGGGGGUGUCUCUUACAUCUUGGGCAGCCUCGGGUAUGCACAAAGACAUGGGAAAACCUCAUCCGUGACCUACCUUUUGCUGAUGACUGUAUCCUUAAUUAUUCACGUGCAGUGUGUAACAACAUGUCACUCCGAAAUGGUGCAACUCUUCAAACUAAAAAUUAGUUUAAUCAGAACUGAAGCACUGGACCUCAAGACAAUUAUGUACUAGAUGUUAUCAUCGAGAGAACCCAGCUGAAUGCUCUUGAGCAGUUUACCAAUUUGGAGAGUUUUUAUGUCGUCAUAGAUAAGGAAGUGGACAAACACGCUUUCCAAAGCAAAUAGUGCAUUUAGUAUACUUGACUAGCGUGUGGCAACUGUAAAUUCAAUGCGAGGACCAAACUCUAUGUACAAACACUUAAUCCUCAUCAAUCUCCUUUAUGAUGCCCAUUUAGGCAUUCAACAUUGCAGUCAUGUACACCUUCUUCAAUGCUUCCAUUAGCAUCACCUCUGCAGCACCCUCAUGGUGGAUCCUGAGAGGGCUACACAACAACCAUUGAACUCCUGGAAGCAACCAACAUCACCAUUCUCCUGCAAGGCCAACUGACUUGUGUGGGAGACGUUGCCCAGCUGGACACAGUUGCUGACUCAGGAUUGUGUUGUACGGGGAGCUGACCAAUGAUACAACCCUCCUAAAAUCUUGGUGUACAAGAGGAGUCAAGAGAGAGGUCCAACCGAGAUGAGGCUGGAAUCUAAAUGCAUGAUCAAUCUCUGGCUCUUAAUCAUAUUUAGCUCCUAAUGAGACUGCCCAUUAUCUUCUGACUUUUUUCUAUGAUGUCAUUUAUUUGACCUCUUUUUAUAACUUCCCACAAACAAAAUGACACAUUUUACAGUAUGUUACUGACCCAUUUGCUCAGGAGAAGAUGUGUGCUGUCAUGCCCUCCUGAUUGAUACCAUGAACGUGUUGUCUCAAACUUACUUAACUGAGCAUUCUCAUUAAAUAGAAUCCUAUCUCAGUGACCGUUUUGAUGUAGAGGUCAUCUGCUAGGGAUUAUUCUAACUACAGUUGGUGCUUGGAUCAAAUUACUUUUUAAAAUCAAAUGGUCAGUGGUAAAUUUGCAUAUAACCUAAAAAAUAGAGAUUGCAAACUAGAUAAUACUUAACCUGUAUAGAGUGUAUAUAAACUAUGUGCAUGAUGACAAUCAGUAUAUGAAGGAUGAGUUGUUGUUGAUCAGUAUACUUAAAGAUUUGGUUAAUACACAGUCUUAUGGAAUAAAGGUCAAAAAGAAUUAUACUGUAAAGACUAUUACCGAGCAAAACACAAAGAAAAAUAAUAGUGUGAUUUAGCAAAAUGUGGCUUAUGUUCUCAAACGCUAUAAAUUCAUACUAAACUAAUGUAGAAUUAAUCUUUUGCUGUUUUCUACUUUGCAUAAUAAGUCUUUCUAACUUUUCGCUGAUGGUCAUAAAGCCAAGUGCUUGGUAAGGAUUUAAUGGGGAUGUAGUGGGAUGCACAGUUGUUGGAGCUUGCUGCUUCAACCGUGAGAUAGUGGAAAUUCUCACUUUGAGACACGGUCAAUGUGUCGCAGGGGGUGUGCCUUUUAACUAAAGAUGUGUUACAAGCUGAGCCAUGAUAUAUUGUGUAUAAUUGUUUUAAAUGAGCUACAAUUAAACAUAAUAUUGUAAACUGAU